AUGGGUAUUUGCGCUUGCAAAGCUAAGGUUAUAACUCCAAUUCCAAUAACUCAUCAGUCUGCACGAGCUUCUCCAAAAAUCAAAAAAGUGCUUAUUAAAUGUAAAAGUUACUCAGUUACAAAAGAUGAGCUAAGGAUAUUAAAAGAUCUAUAUAAAGAUUUAUCACGAAAAACAAGCGACGAAGAAGCUAUCGAUAAAAACACUUUCAUUCAAUUUUUUUCGUUACCCGUAACCUAUAAGCAGGGUUUGCUUGGAGAAAGAUUAUUUCAAAAAUUUGACAUAAAUAAGCAAGGAUCAAUAAGUUUUGAAGAUUUUUUAAUAGGAUUUGCUUCAUUCAGUAAAGGCACGCUCGACCAAAAAUACAAAAUUAUUUUUGAUUUAUAUGAUUUAAAAGAGGAUGGUGUAAUUGACAAAAAUGAAUUAGUUACUAUCGUAUUUCCUAUGCAGAUUCAUAACUCUUAUAAAGAAACAGCUGAUUUACUUCCUCAGCCAACUUCUACAACUGACAUUUCUAGCGACCAUGAUUUAUUUAUCCAAUUAGGACCUUCAAAAAGUCCAAUCAGAAAAAUCGAAAAAAGAAGAACGACUUCUGUUUUUCCUGAUGAAGAAUAUCCAGAAAAUAAGGAAAAAAACAUAGGAACACAAUUUCAAGAAAGAAGGGUGCAAUUAAUUGCUGCCCACAUUUUAGAUACCUUUGGAAAUAAAAGUACUUUGACUUUUAUAGACUUCAAAAAUUUUUUGACACAGCAUCCAAAAAUAUUUGAAGUUUUCAGAGCGUCUUAUAAAGAAGAUAUUUGGCUUGGGGUGCAGCCAGACCAAAUAGUUACUAAGGAUAGAAAAGAAAGAAAAAGAUGCAAAACAAUAGGUGGAGUAGUAUCUGCACAGACCUUUGCAGACUUUCGGCUUGAUAAAUUUCCAUCAAUUAACGCAUGUGAUUUUUCUGGGUUCGUAUAUCAAAAAUCCAAAGAAACUGGGUAUUUUGAAAAGAAAUUCGCAGCGUUAAAGAAAAGUUUGCUACUAAUCCAUGACCAUCGUGAAGACAAGAUGCCUUCAGGAGUCAUUUUUAUGGACGGAUGUUAUGUAGAUAUUAUUGGAGAUUACUAUGUUUCUAACUCCCCCCCUCCGUGAGUGAACAAAAAAAUUUUGUUCACUCACGGAGGGGGGUUAAUUUUUUUUUUUUUAAACAAAUUUAUAUAUAAAUUUUAUAAAAAAAAUAUUUUUUUUCGAAAUUUUAAAAAAAAAAUCCUAAUUCGAAAAAAAUUGGAAAGCAAAUAUUAAUUUAAUUUAUAAAAUUUAUGUUUUAAAAAAGCAAUUCGUUCAAAAUUAAAUAGAAUUAGCUCUAGAUUUCAUUAUACUAAUUAUCAUUUAUAUAUCAAAAUUUUUUUCCAUAAAAAAUUUUCUAUUAAAAAACUUUUUGUUCACUCACGGAGGGUGGGUUUUUUUGGGCAAAAAAUGGCGAUUUUUCUAAUGAUUUUGUUCACUCACGGAGGGGGGGGGAGUAAGAAAUUUGGAAUUUCAAUAUCUCAUGAAUCCAGCUCAUAUAAUGAAAUAAAUUUAUGGUUUGAUUCUCGAGAAGAAAGAGAUGAAUGGAUUAAGCUAUUAGAAAUUGCAGCCAAAACAAGGAAGUUUAAAGAAUAUUACGAACUUAAAGAGAAAAUAGGCCAUGGCAGAUUUUCUGAUGUCCAUAUUGUAAUAGAGCACUCCACCAAUCAAAAAUACGCAGUGAAAAUUAUCACAAAAGCCCGGCUUACUCAUAAUGAAGCAGAAAUGCUUCGAAGCGAAAUCGCUAUCAUGAGAUUGUUGGAUCACCCUGGAGUGAUUCAAUUAAAAGAAGUUUUUGAUACUAAAAAGCACAUGCUUAUUGUAAUGGAGCAAGUGCGCGGAGGAGAGCUAUACCAAAGGAUUGUAAAUAAAAAGUACUUUUCUGAGUAUGCUGUCAGCCAAAUCAUAAAGCAGCUGCUUGAAGUCGUUCGAUACUUGCAUGAUGUUGGGAUUAUUCAUAGAGAUAUCAAGCCAGAAAACAUUUUGUUGGUUGACAAUUCUGAAAUCCCAAAAAUCAAAUUAGCAGAUUUUGGGCUUUCUCAGCUUGCAAUGCCUGGAUCACUACAAACUUUAACAUGUGGAACUUUAGGAUACGCAGCUCCUGAAGUUUUAGCAAAGAAAGGCUAUGACAAUAAAGUUGAUUUAUGAAGUGUUGGGGUAAUAACUUAUUUAUUAUACUCUAAUAAAUAAUAGUGUCUUAUUUUUUAUAAUAGUAGCUUAGUUUGUUAGAUCCAUUUUUUAUCAAUUAGGAUUACUUCAUCAUAGACUGCCUAUAGACCACCCAGAAAAGCAAGAACUAAUAGAUAUGACUUUAAAGGCGCCAAUUGAUUUUGAAGGUGAGCAUUGAAAAAAAUUUUCUCCUCAAGCUUUAGAUUUUGUACAAAAACUAUUAAAUAGAGAUCCAAAGGUGAGGCUUUCAGCUGAUGAAGCAUUGCAGCAUGAAUGAAUUCAAAGUUCUGAAGGAGUUUUGCUUAUUUUCCUUCACUAAAUUGGACAAAAAUUUGUUUUCCGAUUUAAAGUUAGUUAAUUUUUGAAAUAAAUUGCUUUCAUUAUAAAAAUUUUUUAUUAAUUUGAAAUCUAAAAAUAAAAUUAAUAUUUUUGAUUUUAUUUAUUUUUAUAAAGAAUUAAUUUAGUAAUUAAUAGAUUCAACUUUCUAAACUGUUAAAAUAAAAAUUCUGUUGUAUUCCUCCAUUAUAUUAGAAAAGGGGCUAAUUUAACCAAAAAACGAAAUUUUACCUAUAUUUUGUUCGAAUUUAAAGGGAGAUUUAAAGAAAAUUCCAAAGAAAAUUCUGUUGCGGGAGAAUCUUUUCAAUCAGGGACUUUAUAUCACCCUGGACUGACAGAGUCUUCUAGCACUAUAGAUAAAAAUCACAGAAUUCGUGUACAGAGUUUACCCGAACUAUUGGCCCCUGGACAAGCAUCUUUUGAUCGAUUUUCGACAUCUAAAGCAAGCGGUGCAUCGUCGAUGCAUCUUCAAUCAUAG